CAUAUUAUAGACAUCAGUUGCACCUCUUGGCCACUAGAGGUCUCUGUUGAUCCAGAUUUUAACCAACACGUGCGGCUCUCUGUACUUUCAUCACUUUCACUUUAGUAUGGUGGUGGGUGAAAGAAAGAUAUGGCGCAGCGUGCACUUAUUCUCUCUUUAUUUGUGCUGACAGUCUCUCAGAAAACUCCAGCAGCUCUGAUACAAACUCAGCACACUGUGAUGGCAGCAGUGGGAGAGCAGGCCUACUUAAACUGUCAGCUCAUGAAAUCUAAGGACGUUCAUCAAGUCACCUGGCAGAAGAUUCUACCUGACAGAGAGAGUAAUGUGGCUACCUACAACAAAUAUUCCAAGAAACUGGUGAACGCAGGUUUUCAAGGUAAAGUGGAGUUAAUUGAUGCUGGACUGCAGAACAGCUCCAUCCUGAUCAGGGAGGUGACGGAGGAGGAUGAAGGCUGCUAUCGCUGCAUGUUUAACACCUACCCUGAUGGAGCUCUCAUUGCUACAACCUGCCUCAAACUCUACGAGCUGCAUGGACCCGUUCUUCACGUCAGUGAAUCAAACUUUCCUGAAGAGGUCGUUGUCACCUGCUCGGCUACGGGUCGACCCGCUCCCACUGUCACAUUAAACGUCCUGAAUCAAAAACUCAACGUUUCUAUAGACAGUUUCAAAAACACAAACGGUACGGUCACUGUUAACACUACAUGUUUGCUGAUGCGUAGCUAUGACAACAGCACACAGGUUCAAUGUGAAGUUCAAGUGCCCUCCGUUCCUCUGAAGAAGGACUCUGUGAUGAUUCCUGCAGCCCAGCUGUCGUCUGAAGAUGGUUCAAAGGUCGACACUGGAUCUAAUGACGCUGAUAUUACUCUGGUCAUCGCAGCUGUUGUGACAGUCUCUAUCUCUUUAGUGGUUCUUCUGUGGUUUCUGAGACGAAAACAACUGAACAGAACAAGGAGGAUCCUGAGGAGAUCAAAACACCGCUACCUACUGUGAAACCUCACAUGAACAGAACGCCUUUAAUGCAUCAACAGAACGAGCAGGAGGACCUGAGGCAGCAGACACCUUCUGCUGACAAGAUGAUCGACUUCAAACAACAAGCUUCAUCUCGGACACCAAGGUGUAAACAAAAGCUAAAUCUUUAGUAAUGCAGAAACACACAAGGUGACAAAGUGAAGAAGAGUGACUUCAACAUAUCAGUCCAGAUGUGGCAGCAUGUUAGAGGACACACAUCUGUGUCUGUUGAUGAGUGUUAAGUCCAGCAGAUUCUCUUUUGAAUCCAUAUGAUGCAUUUGCUGCCUUUUUUAUGCAUCUCUUGUUUAUACAUUUUGAUAUAUUUUUUAAAUACAUUUAAAUUCUGCAGCUUCAAUUUUUAUUUAUUUCUUCAUGAUUCUUCAAACCCAAAAAUGAACUUACCAUGGACCAGUAGUUUACUCUAAUGUUUGUUAUCUUCACUAAUACCUGAAAUAACAAAUCAGAAUUUAUGUAUGUUACAUUCCUAUUUUAUUACCCCUGUUGCCAUGGCAUAUGAUGCAUUUGCUUCCUUUUUUAUGCAUCUCUUGUUUAUACAUUUUGAUAUAUUUGUAAAUAAAUACAUUUAAAUUCUGCA